UAUGUAAAUCGAAGUCGAAGAAAUCGGCUGAAUCUGAAACAAGAACAGAAGAGGAGCAAUUUUGCAGCGAAAAAAAAUGUCGGUACCUGAAUUCAAUUUCGAUUCCCUGAGCGAUUAUCACGAUUCCGUGAACGAGUUGCUGCAUUCGUCGGAGACGAAGCUGCAGAUAAUCCAACAGGGGCAGCAGAAAUGGGCGCACCAGUUGUCAGAGGCGUCGUUGAAAAUGGCGGACUCCUGCGCCGCCGCCAAGGACCUCCUCCUCCUCGCGAAAGGCCAUCUCCAGGACCUUCAGUCAGCCUUCCGCCACAUCGCCGCCAGUAAGGACGAUCGCGACGGGAGCAAUAUCGUCGCCUCGCAGCGCCUCCCGCGGAAGCAGCUAAAGAAAGCGAUUCUGAAGCGGCUGCAGUCGUUAAAGGGGAUGAAAACCACCUCGGCCGCCGCCGCCGCCGCGUCGCCGUCGAGUGAGGAGGAUGAAAGCCUAGCGGCGGUGGCGAAUCUGCUGAAGGAAGUUAGGGCGACGACGGUGUCGAUGGUAGACUCUCUGCUGCCGUUGAUGGCGAUGCCGAAUCCAGAUCGAGGGCAUAGGGAUCCGGUAUUCCGGAUCAAAUUGACGCGCGUGGACACGCUGAGCUUCUGGGAGAAAUGCAACGCGUCGGACAUCCGAUCGAUGAUGAAGAGAUUGGAGGAGGUGGAGAUGGCGGUGGAGGACAUGGAAGCCGAAUUGGAGGGCAUUUUCAGGAGGUUGAUCAGAACUCGGGCUUCGCUUCUCAACAUUCUCACCUCCUCGUAA